UACACCAAAGCAGACCAAGUCAUCUCUUCAAAAAAUUCAAUGCUAAGCAGCAAAAAUUAACCACGCAAUCUCUCCAAUGAAACAGAGAGAGUAUGUACUCUCUCCUCUUUUCAUCAUCCUCGCACACUACUCUCCUCUGUUCUCUCUCCAGAAAACUCUUACUCACAAAAACAACUACUUUUGCUAGAGCAUUCCCUUAUUUCACCUCCACAAAACCAACCAUGUCCAUAAAUCUACGAACUCAUGCCUUUGCAGGCAACCCUUUACUAUCCAAAACCCUUAAGCCUACUGAUCCUCUUUCACCGAACUUAGCCCUUGAAACCCUCAAGUCUCAACUUUUAGACGGUAAUUCUCAUCAAUUAUCUUCUGUUAAUUUCAAGGUUUUACCUUUUAGAAAGGGUAGGCCUCUUGCCUCUUCUAGCAUUGGUGAUAAUGAUGAUUUAGUGCCAAAUUGGCAUCUGGGUUGGAUCAGUUUGGCUGAUUGUAAAACUUUGUUGGAUAAUUCUGGCGUUGAAUUGAGUGGAGAGAGUUUGGUUUAUCUGGGUUCAAAGUCUGAGGAUGAUGUCGUUUAUUGGGCAGUUGAUGUUUCUGGUGAGGGUAGUUUGGUUACUGAAUUUGGUAGCAAGCAGUUUUGUUUUGUUGAGUUGAGGACUCUCAUGGUGGCUACUGAUUGGGCUAAUGAGAGGGCCAUGAGUGAUUUGGCUAUUGCUGGUCAUGCCCGGGCAUUGUUAGAGUGGCAUAAGAUAUCAAACUUUUGUGGACAAUGCGGAGAGAAAACUGUCCCUAAGGAAGCUGGGAGACGAAAGCAAUGCUCUAAUGAACUAUGUAAAAAAAGGAUUUAUCCCCGUGUUGAUCCGGUUGUGAUUAUGUUGGUUAUUGAUAGAGAAAAUGAUUGUGUGCUUUUAAGCAGACAAUCGAGAUACGUACCCAGAAUGUGGAGUUGCUUAGCUGGUUUCAUAGAGCCAGGAGAAAGCUUAGAAGAGGCAGUAAGGAGAGAAACAUGGGAAGAGACCGGUAUUGAAGUGGGAGAAGUUGUCUACCAUAGUUCUCAGCCAUGGCCUGUUGGCCCAAGUAGCAUGCCAUGCCAGUUAAUGGUGGGUUUCUUUGCCUAUGCAAAAUCAUUGGAAAUAAAUGUCGACAAGGCAGAGUUGGAAGAUGCUAAAUGGCAUAGCAGAGAAGAUGUCCAGAAGGCAUUGGCGUUUGCAGAAUACGAUAAGGCACAAAGAACAGCAGCUGCCAAGGUUGAUCAGAUGUGCAAGGGCGUUGAGAAAGGGCAAAAUUUCUCAGCAGAUUUUAAUGUAGAAAGUGGGGAACUUGCUCCAAUGUUUUUCCCUGGCCCUUUCGCUAUUGCUCACCACCUAAUCUCUUCUUGGGUUAAUCAAUCUUCAAAAAGUGGAGUAAGUAGUUCCAUAUCCAAUUUGUAGCAAUCAUGGAUUCCGAAGAUGUCCCUCCCACCCUGAUUAUAUUGAUUGUUUUAGCAUUUUCCUCUUCUUCUUUUUUUUUUCUCCUUCUUUUUACCAGAAUUCAUUCACUCCAGUGUUGUAAUUUGCCUAUUAAUGAUUUAAAACAAUGGAGACUGGCAACUAUUAUAAUGUGACUGGUCUGAUUUGUAAAUUAGAUUUGGUAAUAUAUGUUGUGCAGCCAUUUAAAAUUC